AGAGGGGGCCGUUGGAGUUGAAUAUGAUAGGGCCUGGGGCAUGCUUUAAUUGAUUAAUUUCUCCAAGUCCUCCCCCUGUGCCCCCGUGUCUUCCUUCCCAACCCUCCUCCCCUUCCUCUCUCCCCCCAUCUCCGCCCUUUUUUACUUUUGAACUGCUGGCCCUUUGAUCUCUGUCAACAGUUCCGCCUCUUUUUGGGACUGUCUCUCUUUCUGCAACUCAUCGCCUUUAUCUUAGACCCGUCCAUUUAUCAUUCAGGUCUCCUCACGAUCGCUUGACUCGAUAAUCGCGUUCGAACCUAUCCCACCUCUUCACUGUGCUGUGCGCAGUUGUUGAUCGUGUUUAUCCGGCGACCUUUCCUCAUUACCUAUUAUCUCAAAUCUCAACCUCAGAGCGAACAACCAUCAUCAUGCAUGUGAACAAGAGAAUCGGCCGCCUGAAGCAAUGGGCUGGCGAGCGAAUGGGCGGAGAGGUGAAAACUUGCCAGUCGGAUGACUUCAAGGCAAUGGAGACCGAGAUGGGUGUGCGACAUGAAGGUGUCGACCGCAUUCACAAGUCUAUGACUGCAUACGUCAAGGCCGUCUCGAAGCGCAGCGAGGGCGAUGAUAAGGAAAAGACCCUCCCGAUCGCCCAUUUGGGCAGCAGCAUGGUCACUCACGGAGAGGACUUUGAUGGAAACUCUGAAUAUGGCCAGUGCCUGACCAUGUUUGGACGGACUCAAGAGCGCAUUGCGCGUGUCCAAGAGAGCUACAUUACCCAGGCGACCUCGAGCUGGCUUGAGUCCCUGGAACGGUCUCUGACCCAGAUGAAGGAUUACCAGCAAGCUCGGAAGAAGCUUGAUAGCCGUAGGCUGGCAUACGACACUUCUUUGUCGAAGAUGGAGAAGGCAAAGAGGGAGGACUUCCGUGUGGAAGAGGAGCUGCGCAGUCAAAAGGUUAAGUAUGAAGAAGCCAACGAUGAUGUACUCCGCCGCAUGCAGGAUAUCAAGGAUGCAGAGGUGGACAGCGUGAUGGACCUGGGAACUUUCUUGGAAGCCCAGCUGGAGUAUCACGAACGAUGCCGCGAGGUGCUUUUGCAGCUCAAGAGUGAAUGGCCUGGCGGGUCCGGCCAGGGGCCAGCUCCACCUCGCCGCCCGACGCGAGCCCGGUCCAACACUGCUCACUCGUACCAGGAGCGUUAUGAGCCUCUGCAGGAAGAGCUGACGGUUGUCACCGAAAGCCGACCCACCAUUCGCUCAAACCGAACGGUCUCGACGUACAUGGCAGACUCUCCCGCCCGAGACGCCUACCCUGUGAGCAAUGGCUUUGCUCGACCAGGUCUCAACCGGACACCUACUUUUGAAGGCCCUACCCAACUGCGUCAAGACCAAUCUCCGGUAGCCACUCAAUGGAUUCAGCGAACCGCCAGCGACAACUUGUCCAACCGUCGAAACAGCGUGCAACCUCUUGGUGGAAGACCCGCGGUGGAUCCCUACGCAGACUCUGAAGCAAGCUCCUAUGGCCGUUCUAGCCCCGAGCGGAUGUACGGCGGUCGGUCAAGCUCACCAGCUACAUCUCAUGGCAGUGUACCGUCUCGCCGGCCUAGCUCUACUGCUCUGAACGCGUCCGGUAUGACCAAGAAGGCUCCACCACCACCUCCCCCGUCGCGUGCGAAGAAGCCACCCCCUCCACCCCCACCAAUGAAGCGAUCUUUGGUAACAGUGACGGAUGUGUCAAGGUGAACAUAGCGGGGCUAGCUGAUGAUCAAAUGCUGCAAGCUUCAGUUUUGACUAGGCACAUGGGGGUUUGGAGUUCUCGGAUAGUAUCGCGAUCGACUCGGCGAUGGAUUGGUAGUCUUAUUCUUAUCUUCGGAGCGACGGCUUCUCGAAUGUGACUUGGGAUUUUCUCUAAUAUAUUCUUCUUGCACGUUGAUUGCAUCUGCAGCAUUUCUCCUGGCUGAUGGGUCUUUCCAGUUGGUGAAUUAAAGCCGGUUACAAAGCAUGAUUAAUCUUUUCCUUUCUUUCUUUGUUCGAUUUCGAGUGUAGAGAAGGUGCAGGUAGUCUGUGCCCACUAGCGUCUAUAUAGUGGAUCGUACUGUAUUUGCGAGCAAUAUCUGCCACGUUGGAGAACAUACUGCGG